AUGGUUGUUCAGCCUCGCACCUCCUCGAUAUGUGGCGUAUGUAUGCGGCAUAGACCCGAGAGGGCUCAUCACUGUUCGACGUGUGGGCAAUGCAUUCUGCGGCAUGACCGCCAUGAUUGGCUCACUGGCACCUGCAUCGGUUUCCGCAACCACAAGUUCUACCUACUAUUCCUCUUCUAUGGAGCGCUCGCCUCAACAGUGUUCCUGCUCUCUGUGGCGCCCCAUUUCUUCGUCCGAGUCGUAGUCGCAUCCCAUGCUGCUGGCAGUGCGACUGUUGCAACUCUUGCCCUCUCCCUCACGGCCGUCCGAAUCCUCGAGGCAUCGAUCCUCUUGGUCGCAUUCCUGGCGCUUCCCUACUUCUACUACAACCUCACCGUGCAAUGUUCCCAAAUUUGCCGUAAUAUCACCACACAUGAGGCAGCCUAUGUGGCUACGAAUCCUUACGACCUCGGCACCAGACUGGCCAAUGCUGCAGCUGUGUUCGGGACGGACUUCGGUCCACUAUUCCUCUACUGGCUGCUCCCAUUGGACCCUUGUCGCCCCGAAAGCGAUGGUCUAUUCUAUCCUCUGCCCUCUAGCCCGGAAUCGGCGGGCCACGGCUCCGUAGAGGACGGCAAGAAUGCUGAUGACUCUAUCGAGGCACUGUUGGGAGCUCCCUUUGGCAACAAUAAGCGCAUCGAAAGAAUAUUCGACUCGGAUAUGAAGCACCUCAUUUUGAAGGGUCGGAAAGGCUACUACCCAACCCAGGACGACAGCCACGCGGAAGAGACUGAACGAUUGUGA